UUAUGACUUACACUUUACGUAUCAUUUUCUUUCUCGGAUCUUGAACAAAAAAACUUACGUUUUCUCACCAUUUCUCAUUAUCCAAACAGGAUCUUGCGCAUAGUCACCAAAUUCUCGUGAGUCCAGAAACCUUUUGCUAGCUAUGAGUUACAGAAGAGAUAAUCGCUCCUCCAGAUCAUCACUUGUAGAUGGUUUUGAUAGUCUGGAGGAGGGUGGUCUAAAGGCUUCUUCUUCUUACUCGCGUGAUAUUAAUGAGCAUGAUAAUGAUAAAGCCAUAGAGAGUUUGCAGGACAGAGUCUCUUUUCUGAAACGAUUAACAGGUGAUAUCCAUGAGGAGGUUGAGAGUCAUAACCAGUUACUUGAUCGGGUGGGUAACAAAAUGGAUGGAUCAAGGGGUAUGAUGAUGGGAACCAUGGAUCGAUUUAAGAAGGUUUUUGAGAAGAAAUCAGCGAGGAAAACGUGCUCACUUGUGGCUUAUUUCACAGUUGCCUUCGUAUUCCUAUACUAUCUUAUUAGGAUUCUUGGAUAUUUUACACUUGGGUAAAGCACGUGAUGUUAAAAGGUCAUACAUUUAAUUGCGUGAUGAAUGUUUGAUGGAAGUAAAAUCAUGUGGUCCUGUGGUGUAAAGUGUUUGAACCAUUCCAUUCCAUUUUGGCUGGGAGAUGGAUGGUUUGAGACUCACCUAUGAUCGCAAAAUCUUACUGCAUACAUACGAAAGUCUAUUGUAUACUUCCUCUCUUGACCUGGUCCAUGAUCCAUUUUUUUCAUAGUUGACAUUAGUCUCGAGUUCAUAUAUUAUGUAAAUUCCUGUAAUAUGAAAUGAUUAUAUUCAAUUGUAAGCACCAGUGUUCGUGAUUGGAUUA